GAGGGAGUGGCCGGGACCGGGCGGGUGAAAGGGUGGGUGAUUAUCCCGGGAGAUAGGCCCAAAGGGCCUCAACUAUGACCUCAACCAGCCAGGAUUCCACCACAACCAGGCAGCGAAGAAGUAGGCAGAACCUCCAGUCAUCCCCUCAGGACUCUAGUGCCACUUCAAAGCGAAACAUUAAAAAGGGAGCCAUUCCCCGCUCCAUCCCUAAUCUAGCGGAGGUAAAGGAGAACAGCAAAAUGAAGAAGGUUGGCCAAGCAAUCAAAGAAGACCUAAUCAUGGGACUGCAAGGGAUGGAUCUGAACCUUGAGGCUGAAGCACUGGCUGGCACUGGCUUGGUGCUGGAUGAGCAGCUAAAUGAAUUCCAUUGCCUCUGGGAUGACAGCUUCCCAGAAGUCCCUGAGUGGCUCCAUACCAACAAGGAGCAACUGAUCCAGGAGGACCUCCAAGGUUUCUGCGUGUCCUUUCAAGCCUGGUUUGCUGAAAAGGAAGAGGUGAUGUUCACAGCCUAGAAUAUAUUGAUCUGAUGGAAAUAACCCAGUACAUGAAUGAGGGAGAACUCUGUGUCCUAGCAGACACCAGUGAUUCAGUUCAUCUUCAUCCGAAAUCAUACUCCUGCCCCUGCCUGGCCUCGGGCUCUGUCCUCAGGCUGGUGGAUGUGGUCCUGGGGGCUGAAAUACAGAAUGGCAUGGCCAUCAUUAGGCCUCCUGGACAUCAUGCCCAGCACAGUCUUACAGAUGGCUAUCGCAUGUUCAGCCAUGUGGCUGUGGCAGCGUGCUAUGCUCAACAGAAACACUGCAUCUGGAGGGUCCUUAUCGUGGAUUGGGAUGUGCAUCAGUCAAGGAACACAGUUCACCUUUGACCAGGAUCUCCCCCUGCCGGCUUGCAGGGGCACCACUACUCCAGCCCAGAAGGAAAGUGAGGCAGCUCAGUGGCCCCCAAGAGGGAGCUGAUAUGAGGAUAACAUUGGUGGGAGGGGUUUUGGGGGGACAGGGAGUUAACUGGCAGGCAUGGCAAGGUUGCAUAUAUAAUAAAGUACACGCUGUUAACAAAACCUAAUAAAAAGAAAAGAGUUGAGGGACUCCAGGGUGCUUGCCUGGCAUUGAGCCCUACUGGGCAGUAGGGUGAAUGAAAUUAGGAAGUGUGUGAGGCCCUUGUCCAGAAGAAAUGAAGAUCCAGGAGAAAGGGUGAAUGAUUGGCUGUCAGGAUAAGGGCAAGGAUGUAUUUCGCAGGAGUGAGCAUGUGCACAAGCAAGAACUACCCAAAGGAGGGAAUUUCAGGGUUUCGGACAUUUUAGCUGGGGUAGUUUAUAGCAUUGUGAUUUCCCAGGUAUUAAAGUAGAAUGGGGAUGAAACUUCUGGGGUUCCACAGAUCUGGGAGGUUUUAAGUCAGUGCUGAAAGAUCGUCAAUAUGUAUUUUUAAAAUAAAAUUAUUUAAGUCUACUCUGUCCCAAAUAUUAUGAAAGUGGGUAAUAGUAUACCAAUUUACAGAUAUGGAAUGAGUCCCUAGAAGUGUUUAAUAAACUUGUCUGGAAUCAUCCAUGUAGUAUUGGGUGGAAAAAAAAAAGAGUUUGGUAUACCAAGAACUCCCUGGUUUGCUUGAACCAGGGAGGCAGAGGUUGCAGUGAGCUGAGAUUGCCUAUAGUCUCUGGGCUACAGAGACUGCAUCUUAAAAAAAAAAAUUGGUAUAUAUACUUGGUAUAUCUACUUCUGGAUGAUUUUUCCUAUAUGUUUGUAUCAAUAUAUAUCUGAAAGUACCUAGAUGGAAUCUGUGUGAAUAUGAGAUCAUUCUAAAUAAUCAUUGAUUGCAACUUUGUUUUCUUCAGCCACUUGUUUUCAUUGGCUGCA